CCGGAAGUUGUUAUUCACGUGCGUUCGCAGCGAUGUUCCUGAGGUGAGGAAGUUCCGUUUGUAGCAUCAUCGUCAUCAUCAUUAUGGACCGAACGACGUUUGUACUUCAACACACGUCAUUGGCGGGACACUGAGCGAGAAACGUGUCGAAAUAUAUCAAAACAUCACCACCUGACGCUAACGGGCUAACGUGCUAGCGGUGAGCGUGCUGUGCUGCCCAUGGUAGCCUGAGCCAGGCUAAACCAGGCUAAACCAGGCUGAGUCAGGCUGAGUCAGGCUAAACCAGGCUGAGUCAGGCUAAACCAGGCUAAACCAGGCUGAGCCAGGCUAAACCAGGCUGAACCAGGCUGAGCCAGGCUAAACCAGGCUGAGCCAGGCUAAACCAGGCUGAGCUAGGCUAAACCAGGCUAAGCCAGGCUGAGCCAGGCUAAAUGGUGGACACGUUCGUGUGGCGUCUGUAGGUCAGUGACAUUCCCCUCAGUAACAACCGGCCUGUGUGUGCUGUGCUCAGGGUGGAGACAUGAACACGCCGCUCGGCAGAAGCGGCUUCAUUGGGAUUGCAGUUGCAGCCACAGCUGGUUUGGGCCUGAUUGCCCUCAUCAUUUACAGGAAAAGAUGCCACGGAGUGGAGCUGGAGGUCCGAACAUGUCACCGGCUGAUGGAGCAGGCUGAUGGAGCUGCGCUGCUGCAGCAGACGCUGGAUGACCAGGAGGCGGAGGCAGAGGCAGAGGCCCAGCAGCAGGCUGUGGCAGCGGUGGAAGCUGCGGUCCAGGGCCUGUCACCAGAGCAGCAGCUGGAGCUCAGGAACCAGCUGGACCAGGUGCUGAGCUGCGUGGCCUCGCUGCGCUCAGAGGUGGCUGAGUUGAGGGGAGGUCUACAGGACAUCGCCCUACAAAUUAUCCAGGAUGUCAAGUACUCCACAGCAUAUGCUGAGUCAGACUACACAGACCGUGACACAGAUGGAGAGGAGGGAAACAAAGAGCCUGAGCAGGAGUCUGAGGAAGAAGACGGGAGCUGUGCUACAGUCCUUACCCUACGCCAGGAAGACUCUCAGGAAGAAGAGGAGGAGGAGGAGGAAGAUGGCGAGCUGGAGGAGGACGUUGUUGAUGAGGGGAGGCUGCAGCUGAGGACUGAAGUUCCCAGUGUGGAGCUGGCUCUCCUCCUGGCUCAGAGUGAUAUCCUCCACACAGGAGAUGCCACUUUAAAGGCUGAGGGCUGUCGACUGCUGCUGGACAACAGAACAGAGUAUGGAGACAGCAGGGAGUUUCUAUGGCGACUGGCUCGGGCCUACACUGAUGUGUACAAGUCCACUAAAGACAAACAACAGAAGAAGACUUAUGCACAACAAGGUCGUGAGGAGGCGGAGCUAGCCCUGAUGAAGAACGGCCUGAACGCAGAGUGUCAUAAAUGGUUUGCUGUAGUGACGGCACUGAACUACCACCAUGAAAGCAUCCAUGGCAAACUGAAGACCUGCCACAUCCUGAAGGAGCAUGUGGACCGUGCCAUUGCCCUCAGAGACGAUGACCCCGUGUGUUUCUACCUGCUGGGUAAAUGGUGUUAUGAGGUAGCCUCUCUGGACUGGUUGGAGACAAAGACAGCUGCUGCCCUCUACCAGAGCCCGCCCUCCUCCUCACUGCAUGAUGCACUUGAGAACUUCCUCAAGGCUGAGGAACUGAGUCCAGGCUUCUCCAAGAUGGUGAGACUUUACAUCGCAAAGUGUCACAAAGAGCUGGGAAACAUGUCUGAGGCCAUCAACUGGAGGGAGCUGACUGUGAAGAUGAACAACGUGGAUGAUGACGAAGAAACAUCUCAACUGGAGACUGAACUUCACAUGUUAGCUGUGAAAUGAACCUUCAUUGUAUCUUUGUGAAAUAGAGUUUAUUGAUGUCUAUUUAUUUACUAGAGUGUGUAUAUGGAUUUGAUAUUAAUGUUUUUAUUUAUUCCUCGGACACUGAACAACUUUCCCUCUCAUGUUUUGUGUGAUAUCCUGGACCAAUAAAAGCAUUUUAUUGUA